AUGUUGAUAGAAAAAGCAACAAACGCCCAAUCACAAAUACAACUUAUACCAUAUUCAGGAAUUGUUAAUCCUGAACAUAUGAAUCAAAUGAAUUGUGUUCCAAAAGUGAAUACAGAUGAUAAUGUAGAUGAUGAUAUUAAUCAUUUGGAAAAUUUAUUUAUUGAAGAUUUUAUUCGAAAAUCAAAAGAUUUUCGAGAUAAUGAACAAAUAAAUUCAUUACCAGUUGAAAUUCGUCUUGGUACUGUUUAUACAUAUCAAAAUCGUCGACAACAAAAUCAAUAUCCAAAUAGUCUUUAUUAUCGAACUAUUAGUGCUCAAUCAUUACGUAAUGAAGAACGUCGACCACGUAAAGAUAAAGAUUUUUUAAUAACAUUUAAUAAAAAUAAAGGUAUUAAUAAUAUUCAAAUGUUUGAAUAUGAAUUAACAUGUGCUGGUUUUCGUUCAACAAAUGAUUUACAAUUAACAUAUCGAUUAUAUUUACGUUAUCAAACAAAACGAUUAAUACUUGAAUUAAAACGUAAUACAAAUGAUGAAAGAUUUUUUUCUGUUAAACGUUUAUUAAAAUAUUCAACAAAAUAUACACAUAUUGAUGUUGUUAAAUCAAAAUAUAAUACAAAUUAUCCAGAAACAUUUGAUGAUAUAUUUGAUAUUCGUACAUCAAUUGGUAAAGUUGAUGAAGAAGAAUUACAUAUAAAUGAUGAUUAUUGUAAUUUUAUUCAUAUAAAAGAUCUUAAUCAAUGUGUUUUUGAAACAAAAUCAAAUAAUGGUAAUUUAAUUUAUCAAUUUAAUCGAAAUUUAUUACCAUAUUUUGAUUUUUUUCAAAUAAAACAAACAAUUAUUUAUGAUUAUUCAUGUAUGGAUAGUCGAUUUUUUGGUCUUCGAGUUUUAAUUGAACAUCAAACUGGUUAUGAUUUAUGUUCAAGUUCAAAAACAACAACACCAUGUCUAGAAACAAAUAAUGUUAUUAUGGCAAAAUUACUUUCAUUUGAUUUUACAGAAGAUGAAGCAAAACGUAUAUGGACAAUUGGUACAUGGCUUUCAGAUUUAGCAACACAAUGUACAAAUCAAGAUUUACCAAAUAAUAAAAUAGUUUGUCGUCGACCUGGACAAAUGAAUUCUUAUCGACAUACAGUCAGAUAA